CGAGUUCCUGUCACGACCAACCUCAAACAAGGACCGAGGAACAAGUUCGCCAACAUCUUUCCCCCGCGCCUCUUCCUGCGAAGUCUGGUAGUGGUGCAGCUAUUCGUUACCUGGUAUUGGCUAGAGUUGCAUCUUCCCAAGCGCGCUGGCCAGAACAAACCAGAAGCGGAGUUGAGGACAGACACCACUGUGGCAGAAGCUGGACUAGCAUCUCUUCGGGCUCGAUCCGAAAUUGUCCCAUCUUCCCAAGAAUUACACUAGAGUGUCUGGGGUUUCUCAAUUGAGACUUGGAGAGAACCACGUUGCAUCCGUCCAUCUAGCCAAGUUCGAGUCGUAACUAUCUAGGGCUCAAUCGUCACCAUCAUGUUUGGCAGCUUCGCCCACAUCAUCCCAGCUCCGGUUGACGCCGCCAAGCCCCCGCAAGACGUACCUCCGCCAACACCCAUCAACUUCCCCCGUUGCCACCCCCAAGCGCACAGUCAGGAUGGGCCCGGGCCAGAGCAACCUUUGGCCUUAACCUCCCUUCUACAGGGCAUUGUCCGGCCCACUGAGGUUAGUCUGGCCCACUUCGAGGCUCUCGGUGUCCACGUGAUCCAGGGAGCUUCCGCCGCCGAUAUCAUCCCGGACCCGGCAUUCAUCCCGGACUUCGGUGCUUGGGAUCAACUGUCGCCGGACGAAGCCCAUUCAACCAACGAGUCAACGCGAAGACUUCUGAAUGCUGGCAACUUGUCGCCAGGAUGUCUAAUCUACCUAGAUCGCAAGCGCGAGCUGUCCAUACCCAACGAGGCUGCUUUUCGCGCGGUGCGGAGGAUUGCUGCCCCCAAGGGCCAGAGCCAGGCUCGUCUGGGAAAUUCGUUUGAGUUCUUCCGCCACCUGGAGGUGUUCGCCUCGUUUUGGGAUGACACUUCGGUGAGCAAGUCUGAGCGGGCCAAGCAAGAUGCCGCCGAGUCAGGAGCUUCCGACUCCGCCGAAGCUGGAACGGCGCCGGUAGAUACUCCGACGUGCUGGACUUUCUCCCGCACCGCCUCUGGAAAUCAGAUGCCCCCAGAGUACCGGCAUAAUAUUGUGACUGCGUUCCUCAAACUCGUCGCGUAUGACUUUGGAUGCAAUGUAUCGGCGCCGCGAACCGAGCCGAGACUCUACAUAACCUCCCCGGCCUCAUCCCCGGGUGGUAGCCCUCCUGCUUCGUCAGGUUCUUCGGCGUCGUCAACGCCGCGGAGCUCUUAUUUUUCUUCCGGCUGCACCUUUAUCUUCCGAACUCCCAGGACUCGUGAGGCAGCCCGUGCCGGGAUCGUGGAAGGCCCACUCGCCGCAGUUAGUGCUCGUCACACGACCUCUUUUCCGCCCCUACGCCCGGCUCCGGCAGCACCGACCUCGUCACCUGCUGCGGCUUCGGCGGCCGAGUCUCCGGGAGACAUGUCGACGGAUAAAGACUCGAUUAUGGACCUGGCCCGCGAGCUUGUCGCCGCGCUCCUGACAGCCCAGCACCGCGCCCGGCAGGGCAAGACCGAAAAGCGCAUUGGCCAAGACGCCUGGUGGGCGACAAAGCGGCGCUGGGGCGGCGGCCCGGGCGGCCCUAUCGGCCGCGAGAUUGAGAUGCAGUCGGGAGCCGACCAAACCAUCGGUGACAAGGACGAGCCGCCAACGCCAUUGGCCGCGUCAUCCCCGGCCCCCCAAUCGCCCUCCGCCGAUGCACUGGUGGCGGCCGAAGGACCGGCAGCUCCCCGCCUCGACCUCCCAACGGGCCUGCGCCGGCCGUCGCGCGCCACCGACGUGGUUCCCCUGAUGGCCAAGGGCCCGAAGCGCCUCAAAAAAUCCGGCAACCUGCCCGUGUACGACAACUACAGGAGGGUGCGCCCGCCCGGCCCGACUUGGGACAGCAAGACCAAGUACGCGGCCAUUGGGCGGCGCUCGGGCACCGACUACGAUGACGUGUUCAUCAUCAGCUCCCUGUUCCACCACAUCAGCGUGCUGCGGGUCCGGGUGCCCGACCGGCUGCUCGAGGUCCUGGAGGGUGCGAGCUUGGAUGAUUCUGAACCGGUCGGCGCCGGGGACGCUGAGGGACAGGGCCCGAAGAGCUGGGGUCGGUUGGAGGUCUGGAGGAGCCCGUGGUAUGACUUCUUCAAGGUCGAAGAGCGCCUGGCGGCUAUGCAGUUGAUCUGGAGCAUGAUGGCGUACCUUAUGAGGAAGGAGGAGGAGGCCGAGGGCGGCGAAGAUGUGACAAUGGAAAAUGCUUGAGAGACGCAAGCAAUCCGUCCCGGCUACGUCGUAGACGAAGGAUCCCGACGCUUCGGCCAAGGGACAGACAUGAGAAAAUGUUGAUGGCGGGCUCUAACGACCAGACGAAACACGGCAAAGAUUGGCAUUUGGAUUUCAUAGAGUCAGGUUUGCGCUAAUAAACGGCGAC